AUGUCUGUACAGAAUCCCCAUGGCACACAAUCAACAUUUUUGGGAGAUAUUUCCAUCUGGACUAAACUUUUUCUUUUCAGAAAUGACGCCACUUCAGGAUUCGUCUGCAGAAACGUUGAUCAACCCAAAAAGAAGAUGUGCAAUGACUACCGUGUUCGUUUCAACUGCCAUCCCCCUUUCUGUGGUGGAGGAGUGUGCUGGACCGACUGGUUUGACCGUGACAAUCCCAGUGGCUCAGGGGACUGGGAGCUUUUGAGUAACCUUAGGAAAGAAAACCCAGGAAAGAUCUGUGAAUACCCUCUGUACAUUGAGGUCGUUACCACGGACAAGAUGACUCCAGCCAUCUCCAUAGGGGAGAACUUCUAUAUCUUCAGUCCGACUCAGGGAUUUGUUAGCCGCAACAAGGACCAGAGAAAGGUUAUGUGCCGUGACUACAAAGUUCGCUUUUGGUGCCCGUGCAGGAAUUAAGCUGCGACUCCACAGCAAACAUCCAACAAGAAUAUGAAGCUUCGAUUGCUUUAAAGGUUGUCCUUUUCUCUUUACCUGUCUAUUUUAUAUCUUACUUUGCCUGAUGGAAGAAGUUCAAUAGACUUUUUUUACGGCAGACAUGUUGACUUGUAGCAGGAACAGGACCAUGAAGCCUUAUCAGCUGAUUAAAGCUGAGCUUUAUAUCGGAGUAUGUGUAUACGCCUGUACGUUUACCAACAUGUCUUCUGUGUUAAAGUACCUCAUGUCAUGUGCU